UAAUGAUGCUCAUGUGCGCACAGGGUGGUCCAGUUAGCACGUGACUAUGCCACUCGCCGCACGGCUUUCGGAAAGCUUCUUAAAGAGCACCCGCUGCACAUGCAGACCCUUGCCAGGAUGGAGGUGGAGAGUCGUGGAGCGUUCCUUCUGGUGAUGGAUGUCUGCCGCCUUUUGGGACGAGAGGAGAGCGGCAUCGCCACCCAGUUUGAUACACACCUCUUACGUCUCCUCACACCUGUUGUCAAACUCUACACUGCCAAACAGGCGGUCGCUGUGGUGUCCGAGGGUUUGGAGAGCUUUGGCGGGCAGGGCUACAUCGAGGACACCGGGCUGCCAGGACUACUUCGGGAUGCACAG